UUUUUCCAGAUAGAGCGCUGAAAGUAAACAUCAUGACCCAUUUGUGAUCGCCACGAAUUAUCAGUUUCCUAUAUUUUUUGAUUUUUCUGUCGGGAUUUGAAGUUCGCCAUGUCUGGUAAAGAUUUCCAUCAUGUGCACGAGCCAUGCCUUGUCAUUUCAACAAGUUUGGCUGUGAGCAUAAUAGCCUCGCAAUAUACGUGAUGAGUCGUUUAUCUUACUAUUCAGGAAACCUCCAAGGUUAUCUGAGAGUAAAGGAAUGAGAUUCUCGUGACGUUUUUGCUCUAGAUCUUUGCAAAUAUAGAUUGAAGAUAAUGAGCGGUCACCUUUGAGUACUUGUAACAGCUAAGCAGGAAUAAGUCGCUCUUUGGUUUUCAAUUGUCUGGUUCCCAAAGCUGAACUCUGGAGACCUUGUUUGUUCUGGUCGCUGCAGAUCAAUAGUGAGGCGAAGGCGCACACACACGCCUGAAUGAUUUUUGUUAAUAGUUUUGACAUGAUAAGGAGUGAAUUGCAAUCGCAUUUGAUAUUUUAAGCACCUUAAAGGGCGUCGUAAUUAUUUACUCGGCGCCAUUAGUCAAGCACUUCGCUGGAGUCUGCAGGCAAACAAGUUUAAAAUGAGGUCUUCAGCAGUUGCUUUGUUAUCUCUGGCAGUGUUCGCUUUAUCCGAAGGCUUAACUACGAAGGCCGAGAUGGACUUCGCUUCUGGUUUCCUUCAAAUGCUGCGCAUGGAUCAUGCUCCGAAUGUAUCUUGCCAUCGCCACGACAUUCCACGGUACAUUAUAAAUCUAUAUAAGGGCAAGCUCGCGAAGAAACCAUCUGACUUCGAAGACACCGCUUUAGAAGGAAGCACCACGAGAAUCUUGUUCCCUCAAGAUCUUAACGAGGAAGGCAACAGCAUUUCACUGCAGUUCAACCUGUCUCCGGUUAGCUUCAAUGGCAGCAAAAUAUUACAAAAUGCUGAGUUACAUAUACAAGUGUUGCCCGAAGCUCGUGGGACUGUUGAGGUCAGCAUCAUUCGCGCCGAGCAGUCAAGGGAGUCGAGGAAUAUUUCAGACGGAGAUAAAGACAUAAUAUCAUCUCGAGAUUGUCAGAAAAUGACCAAACACAGAUGGAUGGUGUUCAAUCUCACUCGAGUGUUACAAUCAGAGGUGAAGAGGCACAGGGGAAAGUUAAACGUUUUUAUUUCGACGACCCCUUCGCUCAGAAUUGGUUCAAAGGGAAAACGAAAGCCUUUCCUUGUUGUUUCCACUGAGCCAGACAAAAUGCUCAGUCUUGCAUCACGCAAUGUUCUUGGGCUAAGGACGCGCCAAUACGUGCCAAGUAACGUGACCGAGAACAUUAGCGGUGGCGUGACUACACAGGCGCAAAAAGCACGCAACAUGAAAAGGACAAGACGUUCGGAGCAAGAGGUAAACAUCUGCCGAAAACGCCGCCUUGCAGUUCGAUUCCGCGAUCUUAAAUGGAACGGAUGGAUAAUUGCACCAACUCGCUUUGGAUUUCACUACUGCGACGGUUCAUGCCCAGGAACUCUCAGCCAGGACUCUAACCCUACAAAUCACGCUAUUAUGCAGAAUAUUCUACAUCAUCGGCUCGGCAAGAAGGUGCCAGCGGCCACCUGUGUUCCAACCGAGCUUCACUCGAUGAGUCUACUCUACUACGACGAGGAUAACACAAUUGUUCUGAGAGAUGUUCCGAAUAUGGUGGCAUCUAAUUGUGGCUGUAGAUAAAUUCCCACGGUGAAUCAUCUGCCUCCGAAACUAUCAAGAUGCGGAAAAGGGUUACAAAAAAGAAAAAAAAAAAACACUGCCAGACCUUUACAGAAUGCUUGCCAUGUAUGCAAUCCUGUAUAUCGUUAGCAAAACGUUUUUGCAUAUUUUGCGUUUUCUUGUCUAUGAUAAGGGUCAAAAUUCAACUUCAGGACUGGCAGGAUGCAUUUUGACACUUGAUCCUAUAUGACUUUUUUAACGAGCGUGUUUAACGGGACUUCACUCAUUUCGACUCAUUUAUUAGAACCUCUAUGAGGUCAGAUACGUCUUCAGACGAUAAACUGACAUUAAACGGACGACGGACAUUUGAAGAAUUAAUCUGCUAAGGCCAGAUAAAGCAAGAACAAGAGUUUAAGAGUACAUUAUUUAAACCUCGGACAUGAACCCUGAAUUCUAGUUUAAUCCGGCCUUAACACUAGCAGUGCUUAGUUUUAUGGAGCCUUCCACGUGUUUUUCAACUUUUAAUAUUGACAUUGUAAAAAAAGGCUGUCAACAUUGCUGAUUGCGCUUCUUAAUUCGCCACUACUAGGGCUGAACCAAUCUUUAAUAUUUUGCGCCAUAUACUCAAACUAGACCAGUUCAGUAAUUUGAAGGGGCUCUUCUCAGGCCUGCCCACAGACUACCUAGACUUCCACUACUUAGCUAAAUUUAAAAGUUUUAAGUCUCAAAUUUAAUAACAAAACCAAACCAAAACACAAAUGUGGAAGGGCCUGUUGAGACAAACGAGGCAAGGCGACUUCGUUAUCAGAUUAGAGGGUCUCGAUGGCGUGGUGGCUUUUCCGGCUAACGGUUAAUUUUGGCAUUUUUACGGCAAACAAUUUUUUCAAUAAGUUAAAAAUUAAUUUUGAUUACUGUUAAACAUAUUUAAGGUUUGAGGACCAUUUCGGAACGGAAAACUGAUAUAACUAACAAGCCACAAAACGAGACGCAAAAAAGUCUUGAAAAGAAAUCUUGAGACUUUAGAAUUAAAAAUUCAAAACUUUCCGGUUUUUACGCUUUAAGACUGCAUUUUAUCCCGUGUGACGGCUAACGGUUAACUCCGUUAAGACCCUCUGAUUACAAUACAUUUCGAAGCCGAUUAGAUAAGGUGAAAUAAUUUUCGUAUCGAAAAGUAGAAAUACACGUAGACUGCCCAUGGCAAAUGUCAAAAAAAGAAAACAAAAUACCUGAAAUAAGACACUGGUUGAAUGCAUCAACCAAAAUAUCUGCUCGAGGAUGCCAAGCAUCAACAUUUUAGUUUAAAAAGACCAGCCUUAGCUCAAAGUGCAAAUUCUCAUUACGUACUGACAUGCAAUACUUUCAAUAAUAGUUUGAGAAUUUCGUUGUAUAUCGAAACAGUAAAUCCUGGAUGAUUUCUUUCGCUUGUCUGUGGUCCAGUGUUUGAAGAAUUAAGGUGUCAAGGGAUGAUGUAUACGAAUGGUAAGGCAAGGCUUCAAAAGCCAAAUAACUAAGGGAAAAAUGACUGAUAAAAAUAAUACAAAAAUAAAUACAAAAAAAAAAAAAAAAAAAA